GGGUUCUGCAUCGAGCCAUCGAUUAACUCUUAUGGGUCUGUUAUAAUUUAUCGGCUCCGGCUCUUACAAAUAACUGAUUCAAAGUUCAUCGUCUUUCAGAAAUCAAAAUCAUACUCGAACACCACAACAAACCACAACUCAAUGCUUCAGCUUAUCAACAGCUACAUAUAAUCACUCAACAACAACACAAAAAUGGCGUAUAUAAGCAUGGGAGAAGCACACAGAAGAAUAACAGACUACCUCAACAGAUUCUCCGACGCCAUUUUCACCCAAGACGGAGCUUCCUUAACACAACUCCUCUCACUCUCCUCCAAUUCACCUCCGCUGCUCUCUCUCGCCGAUUCUCUCAGCAUUUUCCAGGACGCUAAUAGAUUGAUUAAGCAGUCAGAGAAGUACUCACAGUUUGGGGAAAUAACCGCUCCGUUGUUUCGGGCUUUUCAAAGCUAUCGAAUUGGGAAUUUGGUUGAUGCUUAUCCUGCUUUUGAAAAAGCUGCAAAUGCUUUUCUUCAAGAGUUUAGAAAUUGGGAAUCUGCUUGGGCUUUGGAUGCUUUGUAUGUCAUUGCCUAUGAGAUUAGGGUUCUUGCUGAAAUGGCUGAUCGAGAGUUGGCUUUAAAUGGAAAAUCACCAGAAAAGCUGAAGGCUGCCGGUUCAUUCCUCAUGAAAAUGUUUGGAGUUCUUGCUGGGAAGGGCCCAAAACGUGUGGGAGCGCUACACGUGACUUGCCAAUUGUUUAAAGUCUACUUCAAGCUUGGUACAGUUCAUCUCUGUCGAAGUGUGAUCAGGAGCAUUGAAACUGCUCGAAUAUUUGAUUUUGAGGAGUUCCCUAAAAGAGAUAAGGUUACCUACAUGUACUAUACUGGUCGUUUAGAAGUUUUCAAUGAAAAUUUUCCUGCGGCUGAUCAUAAAUUGUCAUAUGCCUUAAUGCACUGUGAUCCCCAAAAUGAAGCAAAUAUGAGGAUGAUAUUGAAGUAUUUGAUUCCAGUAAAGCUUUCUUUAGGUAUCUUGCCCAGUGACUGGCUUAUGCAAAAGUACAACCUGAUUGAGUAUAGAAAUGUUGUUGAAGCUCUGAAAAGGGGCGAUCUCCGACUUCUUCGGCAUGCACUUCAGGAGCAUGAAGAUCGGUUUUUAAGAUCAGGCGUUUAUCUUGUUUUAGAGAAGCUAGAGCUACAAGUUUAUCAAAGACUGCUUAAGAAAAUUCAUUUCAUUCAAAAGAUUAAAGACCCAAGUAAAGCUCAUCAGAUGAAGCUGGAAGUAAUUAUCAAAGCUUUCAAGUGGCUUGAGAUGGACAUGGAUUUGGAUGAGGUGGAAUGUAUUGUGGCCAUAUUAAUAUACAAAAACCUUAUGAAAGGAUAUUUUGCACACAAAAGCAAAGUGGUAGUUUUGAGCAAGCAGGAUCCUUUUCCUAAGUUAAAUGGAAAGCCUGUUAAUUCAUAAAGAUUGCUGAAACACCAGUUUAUUUCAUUUCCAUGAACCACUGACAGGGAUUUGCAUCGGACUAUUCUGAAUCGACCCGGAAUGGCGUCCUCUAUCUAGAUGGACAUCGAAUCUACGCGACAUGGGAGUACUAGAGGAGGUGUCUUCCAAUUUAUCUGUAAUAUUCUAAAACAUUCUGAAUGUCAUUAGAAAAUCUCAAAAUUAUAUUUGGUAUAGAAAAAGGUUCAUAUUCAA